AGGUGAAAAGGGGAGAAGAAAAAAUAUUUUGGAGUUGAUGGAAUGUCAUGGGAAAACAUGGGAAAGAAGUGGAGUUGAACUAGAGGAGCAAAAAAUGAAAAAUUAGAAAAAGACCACUUCAACCAGUUGAUCAAAGUUUAUCAGAAAAAUGCCAAGAUGUUGUGAAGACUUCAACCUGUUGAACAUCAAUGUUCAAUCGAUUCAUCAGGCCAUUAACAAGGUACUAUGAGCACUUGAACCGGUUCAUCGAAGACUUCAACUGGUUGAACCUCUUCUUCAAUCGGUUGAACAUAUAUCAACGAUGUCACACAAGUCCCAAGCUCUCAUUCCUUCACCGUGAAGUAUUCUCCAUCCACUUGCACAUCUUGAGGGAGGAUAGAUCUACCCAGGAACUUUAUUUUUAUUGGAUGUUGGCACCUCCAACACAUCAUGGGAGCUUUCCAUUGUACGAGUCAAGGGGAUGGAGCUUCUUCGGCAUUUCACCCACCACCCAUGCCACUCACCUUGGCCAAUGAACGGAGGAGGAUGCUACUAUAUAUAUACACACACUCC